UGUCAAUGUUCCUCCCCAGGGGCAUAAAAGGGUAGCCAUAACCAGUUCAACUGGACUUUCUUGACCAGUAGCCAACCCCUUCAGUCAGUUGCAUGCUUCCAUCCUUCAAGGCGCCUUUACUGCGGUUUCCAGGAAGCAUUCACUUGCAAUGCGUCUUUCAAGCUUCUUACUGCCUUUGUUGGCGGUGGGUGGUGAGGCCUUGAAAAAGUACAUAAUUGAGGUAGACCAGGGGGUAGACCUGGAUGACCUCGCCAACAAGUUCAGCGUGAGCGCUGGUGGUCGGAGUGUCAUCCGUCGCUUCGACAAAACAUCAGACGUCUUCUUUGGUCUCUGUGUCGAAACAGACGAUAUGAACAUCGAUGAUCUCCCUAACUUCCCAGGCAUUCUACGGGCCUGGCCUGUCGGUAGAGCUACUCUCCACGCCGCUCGAGCGGCCAGCCCAGUCGGCAAUAUUGUUUCUGAUGGCAACUACUCGGUCCACAGCUUGACUGGUGUCGACAAGCUGCAUGCAAAGGGCAUCUACGGCAAGGGUGCCAAGGUGGCCGUUGUUGACACUGGGAUAGACUACAAACAUCAUGCGGUACGGUCCUUUCUUUCGCUUUCAGCGUUCCCUGAGAUUAACAACGGCAGCUCGGUGGAGGAUUCGGGCAUGGAUUCAAAGUCGCCGGUGGCACCGAUCUUGUUGGAGAUAACUGUAAGCACCAAAAUGGCCAUGCUACGGAAACGAGGCUACAAUACAACUAACCGUGGCUUAGCCUGGCCGUUCCCGGACGAUGACCCAUUUGACUACCAGGGCCACGGCACGCAAGUCGCCGGAGUGAUUGCUGGCAAGACAGACUGGUUUAACGGUGUUGCCCCUGAGGCUACCUUGUACUCCUAUAAAGUCUUUAGCAACGAUUCCCAAGUAACGGACGAGGACAUAAUCAUCGACGCCUUCCUGCAAGCUUACAAGGAUGGGGCGGAUAUCAUUACCUCCAGUAUUGGUGGUGAAGGCGGUUGGUCAGGCGGUGCCUGGGCAACGAUUGCUUCACGUCUGGUCGACCGAGGCGUCCUUGUCACUAUCUCCGCUGGAAACGAGGGCUACAAGGGCCCAUUCCUUGCCAGCUCGGGAUCAUCGGGCAAGAACGUCAUCGCAGUAGCCUCCACAGAACCCAGUGUGGCACCCGCGUGGCCGUUCAAGGCAACCUUUACCCACGGCGGCAAUUCAACCACCAUACAGCUGGGGUACCUCAUCGAUGACCUUUUUGACCAACCUUGGGGGCAGGAUCUAACGGAUGACCUACCCAUCAUUCCUCUCUCACUGAACGUCAACGACACUGCUGACGCCUGUGAACCGUUGCCCGAGCAUACUCCUGACCUCUCCGCUGGCAUCUUAUUGAUUCGUUGGGGAGGAUGCGACUCGUCGGUCAAGCAGGAAAACGCAGAAAAGGCUGGCGCCAAGCGUGUCCUCUUCUAUAGCGAUGAUGCAGGGCCUGUCUGGUGGCUCAGCGUUACUAGCAACCCUCCCGCUGCCUUAAUCGAAGCCAAAACGGGCGAGGCCAUGGUCGCCACUGUUGCUGCGGGAGGCAAAGUAACUGCAAAGUUUGCCGUUACCAACGACACCACUUGGAGGGUUGGGUUUUACAGCUCUGCAGGCGGUAUCCCAUCCGGUUUCUCGAGCUGGGGCGGUACGAAUGAGCUUGAGAUCAAACCCGAUGUUGCCGCUCCCGGCGGCAAUAUCUACACCACCGAUAUCAAUGAGCCAUGGACUUUCCAGUCGGGAACAUCCAUGGCCUGCGCCUACGUGGCUGGCAUCGCGGCCCUGUACAUAGGCGAGCAUGGCGGCCGGAGCGUCCACGGUCCUGGGAUUGCCAAAGCCCUUGCAAACCGCAUCAUCUCCAGCGGCGCGGCCGUCCCAUGGCAAGUCGACAACCCCGUUGGCAACCCAAUCGACUACGGCUUCUGGGCUCCCGUCCCUCAAGUUGGCACCGGCCUGGUCAAUGCCGCAAAGGUGCUUGACUACACCACCUCUCUAACCUGGGAAAAGUUCCACCUCAACGACACCGCCAACUUUCAAGCGCAUCACUCCGUCACCAUCACCAACAAUGGCCCCAAAUCCGCAACCUAUUCAUUUGCCCUCCAGCCCGCCGGUGCCUUCAAUGCUCAAUCCGAUUACGAUCCCGAGUACCUCUCCACUUUUACAGAUUAUAUCUCCCCUUACCCCCUUGUCCCCAGAGUUCAGCUCCCUCAGAAUGUUACCAUCGCCCCUGGACAUUCCAAAACCGUCCACAUCAAGUUCCAGCCUCCUUCACCAACCUCAUACAACGCGACGAAGCUUCCUAUCUACAGCGGGAAGGUUCUGAUCAAUUCCAACGAGAACGAAGACCUCUCUAUCCCCUACUACGGUGCCGCCUUCUCACUUCGUUUCGCUUUCAAGGACCACAUGUUUAUCUACGGCCCCUUCCAAGCCGCCGGACCAGACAGAGAAGAUAUUGACACUUACCAUACCUAUGACUUCAAUCUUUCUUUAGCCGCACAAUCGUACCCCACGGUUGCCGUAGAUUUGCGGUUUCCCACGAAGACGCUUAGAUGGGACAUCUUUGAGGCCGACUGGACCGAGGCGCAGUGGAACGCUUCGGCGCCCUACCCCCCUACAGGGGACAACGGGUAUGUUGGCAGUGUGGCGUUCUGGUCCUAUAGCGAUUUGGUGUGGCGGUUUGACCCAGAUAAUAGGGAUUUACCCGGGUAUUGGGACACGAUAAGUUUCCCGUUGACGGUUGGGUCGGGCCUCAACAGGGGAAAUGCUCGAGAUAGGUUUUCUACGUGGUUCAUGUGGUUUGGGAAGUUGGUUGGGGGAAGUUACAUUCGUCCGGGGAAAUAUCGCUUCCGCUUCGCCGCCCAGAUCCCUUUCACGGAUCCUUCACACUCGGACAGCUGGGAUGUUUGGAAAACACCAGUCAUUACGAUUCUUGACUAUGACCGGCAUAUCUAGGACGCAAGCCCGUUUUUUGUGGCACUCUGCGACCUGGUUCAAAACCGGUUUAUUUGUUACUUUACAUCUUGAGCCUGAGGGCUGGACAAGAGUUGUCAAAAAAUUUGCAUUGGCCUCAGAGAGAUCAGUCGGAGUAGAUCUGUACAGGUAUUGAACGCGCGGUAUUGAUCCGUCGUAUCAGCCUUGCUGACAUUGUAGUCGCAUUGGAGUGAGGGGUAACGGGUUAGUAUGACCCAGAAGACACAACUUAUAGGUUG